UCUAGCGGAUAUAUUGUACCUUCAGAUUAAAUAUUCAUUCUGGGAGUUUAACAAUAAAGUCUCCAGUUCAUGGACGGUUACCUUUAUGUUUUCAAAGUUCAGGUAGUAGGCAAGAAUUGAUACCAUUUUGCAAUCACAUGAAUGCAAAUAAACUGAUCAAUAUAAACGGCCAUUUUAGAGCUGCUUAAACUAAUUACCCGGCUAAAAAAAUAUUCCAAUUUUUAAACAUAAACCAAUAUGACAUUAAAAGGCCAAGGGCUCAUCUGACAACUUAUCUUUGCAAGACUGUCAUGCCAGCAUAUUGGCAUUGAUGCGCCAUCUUUUGUCCACGUUCACCACAUCCCAGUUUAUCACGCACCGAACAGCCUACGAACCGGAGCUCAACAAACGGCAGAGGACCCACCGACCGUGGACGCUACAUCAACUAAGCAUCGUCGCAAGAGGUCGUUUUUAAAGACGUUUAAUUCACUUCUGCACCUUGCACUUGCUCCGGCAAAACAACAGCUAGGGCAGCUGCAACACACAUAGUUGUGUCAAAGAAAAGCCAUUUGAUAUGACAUGGUUUUGACUGUUUUUGAUCGGUGCGUAAUGUAAUGGUGACUAGACCAAACGGAGAUGCUGUCGACUGUUGCCGUACUUUUAGCGAUUGCUUCUGCCACCGUCGCUACUAUCCCGGCUCCAGGCGAGUUUGUGUCUCUGGCUGAGAUGGAGUGCACCCUGCUGAAGAACCUGUUCCAGGGCUACCAGCGCUGGGUCCGCCCUACCCAGCAUGCCAACGACACCGUGACGGUCCGCUUCGGCCUCAAAAUCUCACAGCUUGUCGACGUGGAUGAAAAGAACCAGCUUAUGACCACUAAUGUUUGGUUGUGGCAGGAGUGGAUAGACUAUAAGCUGCGCUGGAACCCUGAGGAUUACGCAGGGAUCACAUCCAUCAGGGUUCCUUCCGAGAGCAUCUGGUUACCUGACAUUGUGCUAUAUGAGAAUGCAGACGGGCGUUUUGAGGGCUCUCUGAUGACUAAGGCCAUCGUCAAACACAAUGGUGCCAUCACCUGGACCCCGCCGGCCAGCUACAAGUCAGCUUGCACCAUGGAUGUCACCUUCUUUCCUUUCGACCGGCAGAACUGCUCCAUGAAGUUUGGCUCGUGGACUUACGACGGCAGCAUGGUGGACAUGGUCCUGACAGACUACCAGGUGGACCGCAAGGACUUCUUUGACAACGGCGAGUGGGAGAUCCUCAGUGCCACGGGGGCAAGGGGCAACCGCCGCGAUGACGUCCUGUCCUACCCGUUUGUCACCUACUCCUUCAUCCUGAAGAGGCUCCCUCUCUUCUACACGCUCUUCCUCAUCAUCCCCUGCCUGGGCCUGUCCUUCCUCACCGUGCUGGUCUUCUACCUGCCGUCAGACGAGGGCGAGAAGCUCUCGCUCUCCACCUCCGUGCUGGUGUCGCUCACUGUGUUCCUGCUCGUCAUCGAGGAGAUCAUCCCCUCCUCCUCCAAGGUCAUCCCUCUCAUCGGCGAGUACCUGCUCUUCAUCAUGAUCUUCGUCACGCUUUCCAUCAUCGUCACCGUCUUCGUCAUCAACGUGCACCACCGCUCCUCGGCCACCUACCACCCCAUGUCGCCGUGGGUGCGCGGGCUGUUCCUUCAGAGGCUGCCCCGCCUCCUGUGCAUGAGGGGCCACACAGACCGCUACCACUACCCCGAGCUGGAGCCCACCGGCCCCGAGCUCAGGUCCAAGGGUCGCAGGGGGACCCGUGAGACCCAGGAGGGAAAGGAGGAGGAGGAGGACAAUGCCUUGGUCACCAUGCUGGAGAAAGCCACGUAUUCAGUCCGUUACAUCUCACGCCACAUCCGUAAAGAGCACUUCAUCAGAGAGGUGGUACAAGACUGGAAGUUUGUGGCGCAGGUGUUGGACCGGAUCUUCCUGUGGGUUUUCCUCACUGUCGCUGUACUUGGAACCAUCCUGAUCUUCACCCCUGCUGUCACGCUGUUCCUCAGCACUCCACCUCCUCCACCAUAGCUUCUGACCUGAUCCCAUCCACCAGAUCUACACCAUACCCA